ACCCCACAGCUCACACACUCCCCCCUCCCGUCUCUCUGAGGGAAUUUCCCCCUCCUUCCCUUCGAGCUGCCGACUCCGCCAUGGCUCCUCACAAACACGGAGGGGGGAAAAAUGCCGUGAGGAAGCCCAAGAUUGACCAAAUCCAGGCCGACCACGAGCUUUUCUUGCAGGCCUUCGAGAAACCGACUCAAAUUUACAGAUUUCUCCGAACCAGAAACCUCAUAGCGCCCAUCUUUUUGCACAGAACUCUUACUUAUAUGUCACACCGGUUAUCAAGAACAAAUGCCAAAAGGAAAACCUUUCAAGUGAAUGAUAUGCUGGCCAAAGUAGAGAAGAUGAGGGGAGAGCAGGAAUCUCCCAGUUUGACAGCUCAUCUGCAACUUACAUUUACUGGUUUCUUCCAUAAAAAUGAAAAGCCAUCUCAAAACUCAGAGAAUGAACAAAACUCUGUAUCCUUGGAGGUGCUACUUGUUAAAGUCUGUCAUAAAAAACGUAAGGAUGUUAGUUGUCCUAUCAAGCAAGUGCCUACAGGUAAAAAGCAGGUGCCUUUGAAUCCAGACAACAGCCAAUCCAAACCAGGCAACUGUCCUUCCCUAGCAGUUCCUAGCAACGAGUUUGAGCCCAGUAACAGCCAUAUGGUAAAAUCCUAUUCGUUGCUGUUCAGAGUGACCCGUCCAGGUCGAAGGGAAGUGAAUGGACUGACCAAUGGUGAGAUUAAUGAAAAUAUUGAAGUAACAGACGAGAUUCCGAGUAGGCGAAAGCGUAAUUCGUCUCACAAAGAUGAUGGGGAGAAAACAUUUGUUGCUCAGAUGACAGUCUUUGAUAAGAAUAGGAGGUUGCAGCUCCUUGACGGGGAAUAUGAAGUAGCCAUGCAGGAAAUGGAUGAAUGCCCUGUCAGCAAGAAAAGAGCAACAUGGGAAACCAUUCUGGAUGGGAAGCGGUUACCUCCUUUUGAAACCUUUUCUCAGGGUCCUACGCUCCAGUUCACCCUUCGAUGGACAGGAGAUGCUGUGGACAGAUCCACAGCUCCAGUUGCUAAGCCUCUUGCAACUCGCAAUACUGAUACUCCAGCUGCAGAGACCAAGCUCAACUCGGUGAAACCAGCCCAGACACUUGCUGUAAAAGAUUCUCUGACAACUGAACUUCAAAAUAAAAAGGAACAAGUUUCAAUGGAGCCACGACAGAAAUUAAGGAUAUUUUAUCAGUUUCUUUACAACAACAAUACACGCCAGCAGACUGAAGCCAGAGAUGAUUUGCACUGUCCUUGGUGCACAUUGAACUGUCGGAAGUUGUACAGCCUGCUUAAACACCUCAAGCUUUGCCACAGUAGAUUUAUCUUCAAUUAUGUGCCUCAUCCUAAAGGUGCUAGAAUAGACGUAUCUAUCAAUGAGUGUUAUGACGGCUCUUACGCAGGAAAUCCUCAGGAUAUUCACUCCCAGCCUGGAUUUGCCUUUAGCCGCAAUGGUCCUGUCAAAAGGACGCCAGUGACUCACAUAUUAGUCUGCAGGCCAAAACGCACUAAACCAAGUCUCUCUGAGUUCUUGGAGUCUGAAGAUGGGGAAGUGGAGCAACAGCGGACCUACAUUAGUGGCCACAAUCGACUUUAUUUCCAUAGUGACACUUGUCUGCCACUCAGGCCACAGGAGAUGGAUGUGGACAGUGAGGAUGAAAAGGACCCUGAGUGGCUGAGAGAGAAAACCAUUACCCAAAUCGAUGAGUUCACUGAUGUUAAUGAAGGAGAGAAAGAAGUGAUGAAACUGUGGAAUCUGCACGUUAUGAAGCACGGGUUCAUUGCUGACAAUCAGAUGCAUCAAUCCUGCCUGCUCUUUGUAGAGACUUGUGGACCAAGAAUAAUUGAGAAAAACCUUUGUCGGAACUUUCUGCUUCAUCUAGUUAGCAUGCACGACUUCAACUUGAUUAAUUUAAACACCAUAGAUAAAGUAAUGGCCAGGCUCGGUGAACUGCAACAGAAGCUGCAAAGAGAUUAUUCUGCUUUAAAACUGAGACAGGAACCCAUAGAUGAGAGUCGGCCAAACAGUGAAGACAGUGGUACAGGCAUGAGAGACAGAAAUUCGAGCACUGACAGUCUCUGUUCAGGAGUUACCAAACACAGCAAAAGGCAUAAACUCUGAAACAAAACAUUUUAUCCUGUUUUUUUAAUCCCUCCCCCUUUAUGGCCCUUUACCGUGCUCUGUCCCUCCCUCAGCCUGGACACAGUGAACAGUCACUGAAGAAGGGGCAAAACAAGGUUGUUCCAUAAAUGUUGCAGCUGAAAUCUGCAGAAGAUCCAAGUGGACAAUGGGUUAAUCGGUAACAGUGAAACAAGACAGCAGUGUUGUAUUAAGAUUCUUUAUUCUUGUAAACGUUGGUGUUGAAUUCAUUUAGCUGAUGGAGUACAAUUUAAAUUGACAUUGCAUUCAUCAUAGUAAUCUGAACAUGCACAGUUCAGCUAGCUGCAAAUAUUUUCUUUGUGCAAAAAUCAUUCUUUCUAGAAAACAUUUUUGGGCUACAAAACCAAAUCUUUCACAUUAUCCACAUUGGCAGUUUAUAAAAAUUGUUUUAAAAUCUGUUUUUGUCGAAGGACUCACAGAUAGGAUUUCACUUUACAUUCUCCUUUUUUUUAAAGUCAUGUUCUUUCGAUGAAGUAUAUUAUAUAAAAUCAUCAGUGUAACGAAAACAUUGUUUAAAAAAGAAAAGUGCAAUUUAAAUGGACAAAGUUUGCGUGUGUACAUCUCUCGGUCUUGAUCUUGAUACAGGAGUAGCACUUUCCUGUUCCUGUUUAGAAGGAUUUUUUAAGUGUCUGUUAAAUAGUCUGUUUUGAGAUGACAUAUCUACCUUCUCUUGCUCUCUAUUCACACACAUCCCUAAAGUAGUAUCUGUUCUUACUGGAAAAUCUGUUUAUUUUGCUUAGUGUCUAGUCAGACUUGCAUGCAUGCAUGGUUGAUGUGCUUUAUCUGCAAUGUUGCUCUUUUCUUGCUGUGUUUCACCAGUGCUAUAGUCUGAAUAUAUUAAGACUGUCUUAUUGACAACCACUUUGAUAAAAAUCUGAACAGGAGAGGAAUAGUAGCCUGAAUAUUGGUGCUGUCAUUCCAGUGGGAUGGCAGUGCACAGCAAGGCUGGACCAGGAAUAUUUAACUACUCUUUAUGCAAUAUUCUGAGACACUAUCUUAUUUUCCUGUUAUCAACACACUGUAUUUAUUGCAGUAGACACUUAAGAAAUAAUGACCGGAAGGUAUGUAAUUUACGCAAUGUUUUGCUACAUUGGAGUGCACAGUCAUUUGUGCAAGUAGAAUACAUUUUGGAGUAAUAUAAAUGUUUACAGUUUUUUUCCAAUGGAAAGUGAUUUUUUCACUACUGGCGCAGUACCAGGGAUGCAGGUUUUUAAACUAAGCAAGCACUGUGGACCGAUUCGCAUUAUCACCUCGGGUGUUUAUUUUUUAAAACUUAGUGUGCAUAUUUUUCUUUCUUUAAAAAAACUUAUUUAAAAUGAGGGGGAGGGGGGCUUCUGUUUAAACAAUAUUACUUGGAGCUACAGACUUUUUUAUGCUACUUGAGUCACCAACUUUUUCCAGCGGUAAGUGCAUUUCUGUGAAAUAUCUUAAAAUGUUUUUCCCUUUUAUCUAGUAUCUGUGUAGCCUGUGCAUAUCUUGUCCGUGGCUUUGAUCUGCUAAUGCUGUGCACAUGUAAAUUAGAUUUUUUUUUUUGUAAUUUGGUUUGGGGUGCUGUAGUGUUUUCCUGCUGCUAAUGUUUCUUAGCAAAGUAAUUUCCACUUUUCCUGCUACAGAUGGCUGGCAUGGUCUGCACAGUUUGACAGCCCGAGAUUUUGAAAUAAUGCUGGAAAUUUUGGAUUUCAUGAAAUUUUACACUGACUUUUAAAAACUAGCCCGCACUUUCCUGUCAGCUUUUGUAACCAAACUGGUCAUUGAAAUGUUAAUGGGUUUUUCUAUUUAAAAAAAAAUAAAAAUAAGACAUUUUCCUACUUCAAGUUGCCAACCUUCUAAAUGUUAAUUUAGAAAUUGAGAUGUAGAGCUCUGUAAUGAAGCUAUGCUUGAGUAACCAUGAUAUGGCACAGCACAGCUAAUGUUGAAUGAAAUUGUGGGUUUUGCACAUUAUGCUUUUGUAAGCAAAAUAUCAAGGGAAGUUAAUGAGUUCUGUUUUUCUUGGGUGGUGGGACAGAGGAGAGUUAUUUUCAGUUUGCUGCCACUUUAUUUGAUUUGUUUGUCAUACUUAGAAUAGCACUGGGAAAUAACUUUAGUGCAAACAAGCUUUGUUAUACAACCUCUUUCAUUACUGUAGCAAGUCCCCAUAAUUUAGGGAGCAUCAGGAAGUGCAGAACACUGCUACCUCUGCAUAUAACUCUUCUGGCAUGCGAGCUCUAAUAAAAUAGCUUCCCAGUGUAUUGUGAUUUAAGUAAUAGUAAAAUGUUCUAAAAGGUUAACUUUCAAUAUCCCUUUCAUAAAAUUACCUAUAGGUCAUUAAGCUUUACUUGAUGAAAAUAACUGGACCUAAGCAGCCCAAGGGAUGCUUCCUUUAUUUUUUCAUUCUGCUUGAUAAUGGGAUAAGUGUUUUGCAGCUGAUUAGUCAAGUUGAUGUAAAUUUUAAUAACAAACCAUUUUAUGGGGGGGCUAAAUGUGGAAAAUGUUAAUACACCAAGACUGAGAGGUGAAAGAUCUAUCUCGGGGUGGCUGUGUUCAGAUUUUAACUAUGCUCCCUUCUCCCUUACCAGUGCUGAGCCCCUUUUUGUUUUUGGAGCUGCUGUUUUCCUUUCUGGAUUCCAGUUUGUAGGUGCUAGCUCACAUCCAAUAGCUAUUAUUCCUAUAUGUAUUUGAAUCGCUGAGGGCUGCAACUUGCUGUAUGCUGUCUCAAAAUCCAUAUAUGUACAUGGACAAUAGUGAUUUAAUGCAGUUGAAGUGUGAACUUAAGUGUGCUAUAUCUAUUGAGUUUCAAAGUACUUGAGCGCUGAUUGUAGCACAAGGGGAAGGCGCAGGUUUAAUAAUGUUGAAUUACUACUCUUGUUCUGUUAGGCAGAUGCUUGUGGGCCUUUGAGUAGAGGCUAUCAUCAUUUGUUGGGAGGUGAGUUGAGCAAAACUUGCCCAAACACCUGUUUUUAAUGUAGUACAUGCUUGAGAAUUUCAGGAAUCUGCCUGAGUUGCUGAAACGUCAUUGUUUGGUCUGCGAGUGAAUGAUUUUGCCUUGGAUAGUGAGCAAAUGUGGAAUGCAACUGUAAUUGGCCCAUCCAAUUUCAUCUGCUCCUUCACCACUUCUAUUCUGCAAAUGAUUUUUGUGCUAGCCUCCUCUUCUCAAGAUAUCCCAUCUUCAUAGUUUUUGAUGAAUGGGUUAAUUAGCAAAUUUAUCUAACCUUUUGAUCUUUUUUCCUACCAUAAUUUGACAUUUUCUCAACUUAAGGAACUACCUCCCCACAGUAAUUUCAUGAGAAAAUAAAAUUGUGAUGCAAUUUUGCGAGAGGCAGGAUGUAGAAUAAAAACUGGUGAUUUAUUUA